UCAUUUUAAAUUAUGUCAUUUUUCGAAAUUAGUAAAAAUGGUAGUUAUAUACAUUAGUUUACCCUGCUUACUGUUUACAAUACUUUUAAUGUGUCUCGUCUGUUAAACAUGCGAUAUUAAUUCAGCAUUAAGCAAAAUUAGACCAUGUAAAUUAUUCGUAAAGGUACUUUCACGUGAUUCAUUGUAACUGGCAAGUGCGUCAUUGAUUUUGAAAUAAAAUUACGAUGGCCUGUAAACCAAAAAAAGUUGAUAAACGGCCGCCGCCUCCGGCCGUAAGGAAAAAACCGCAAUACGGUGCUUCCGGUACAAGUACCACUAAGGUUCAAACAAAGAAGAGUGUAUGCGAAAAAAAAGCAGCUGCUCCACCAGCUGCACCGAAAGAAUUUGAACUGCCGCCACUUAGUAUUCCCUUGAAAGUUAAAGAACUGACACAAGGCCAAAAGGAGCUGAUAGAAUGGAGAAAGAAAACGGCUAGAAGAGUAGUUCCUGAGGGUGAAGACAUGAAGAAAAUUGCAGAAAUUAUUAAAACCACAAAAGGACAAAAUAUAACAGUUCAGGAAUUCGUUGGACUAAUAUCCCCCUAUACUGGCGAUAAAGGAAAUUUCCUAAGAACUGUAAUGGAUGCUGAACUGGCCAGUUUCAGAAGGAUGGCCAAAAAGGUUUAUGAAACAAUGACUCAGGAUGUCAGCGAUGUCCUUGCAAACGAACAAAUUCAGCUGAUGAGUGGCUACAAGGAAAAGCAUACCCAAUAUUCAGAUAAAAUGAUGCGAAGUAUAGAUGAAAUUUUCUACCACGUACCAGAUUUCGAUUUUGAACGAUACUUUAGAGAUCCCGGUUAUCUUGCAUUAGUUCUACCAAUUCCGGAGGAAAAGUUAUCAGAGUCAGACGAUGAAGAAGAAAAUAUUAGGAAACAGGAAGCUUUCCACAGGAUGGAAUGGCUGAGAGCUGAAGGUGAACGGUUACAGAAUGAAAACAGAAGAUUGCAAAAACGAUUAAGAGAAGUUAAGAAUUUGCAGAAAUCAGAACUGGAGAAAGCAGCUGAAACAGAACAAGAGGUUGAAAGAAGACGGUGUGAACUAGUAAAUGAAGAAACUCAACUUAAAGACAGAUUGGAUGACCUGAAUCAAACUUUGGAAAAGACUGUGAUUUGUGGUGAAACGGUAGCCAUGAAUAUGGAUAAGGAGAAACGAAAAUGUACUCAAGGAAAAGCAGAUAAAAGCAGGAGACCUAAAACGGCAGUUCGGAAGAAACCUCCAUGGAAUGUAACUGCCGCAAGAGAAGUCGAUUUAGAAAGCGCGGAAACUCUUGUAAGUGGUGAUAAAGCUAAAAUUCCAUUGUCUGGUAGCGUAUCUUCGCAAGCAUCCUUAGCGUCAGUUAAGAAAAAGAAAACUGCUGUUAAAAAGAAGAAAUGGGACUUUAGCCGACCAAAAGUACCUCAGGAAACUUCUCCCUUCCAUUAUUCUCCUCCUAGAACUCCUCCAAGUGAAUGUCCGAAACCCGGUUUUUCUGGAUGGUUCUGAAAAGUUGAAUGUAACAAUUCCCUCGAAGAUAGAAAAACAAUACAAAGUGUUUUUUAGUGAGACAUUUCUAU